GCAGAUCUUCCCUUGUCACUCACUCCAUUCCCCCAAAUCCUUAAUCAAAUCCAACAACUCAACUUAACCUAAUUGACAUAACACCACACCCACCUUCAAUCCACCAAACCCUCUUCAAUGCCCCCAUAUUCAUGUAUCCCCCAUCUCUAUUCACCCAUCAUCUAACCCAAUUUCACAGAUUCACCUCCAUUAUUAUGGUAGAAACCCUAACCCUAACCCCCCCACCCCCAAUCUGGCGAUCUAACCCCCGCCGUUGGAUCACACCCCUCAUUUCCUCUUACAAAACCCUCUUCGCACUCCUCUGGAUCCUCGUCUUCACGUCUCUUUUCAUCUGGCAACGUAAUUUUGUUGACGGGCUUUUGAUUUUCCGGCGGCCGGUUGCCGGAAGAGUGGUGCCGGUGUUCCGGCCGGUGGCGUUUAACAUUACGGAUUUUGGUGGUGUUGGUGAUGGGGUUACGGUGAAUACGGUGGCUUUUGAGAAGGCGAUUUUUGCGAUUUCGAAGUUAGGGAAGAGUGGUGGUGGGCAGCUUAAUGUUCCGGCCGGGAAAUGGUUGACGGCGCCGUUUAAUUUGACUAGUCAUUUGACUUUGUUUCUUGAUGAAGAUGCUGUUAUACUUGGUGUGGAUGAUGAAAAGUAUUGGCCUCUAAUGCCUCCUUUGCCUUCUUACGGUUAUGGUAGAGAGCAUCCCGGACCCCGAUUUGGGAGUUUAAUUCAUGGUCAAAAUCUCCGAGACGUUGUCAUCACAGGGAAUAAUGGUACCAUUGACGGGCAGGGUCAAAGAUGGUGGAAAAGGUAUCGCCAAAAGCUUCUCAACAAUACGCGAGGCCCGCUUAUACAGAUCAUGUAUUCAAGUGACAUUGUGAUAUCCAAUAUUACUUUAAGAAAUCCACCUUUUUGGACACUUCAUCCAUAUGAUUGUAAAAACGUGACGAUAAGAAAUAUGACAAUCUUGGCUCCCCUUUACGAGGCUCCCAAUACAGACGGUAUAGAUCCUGAUUCAUGCGAAGACAUGAUAAUAGAGGACAGCUAUAUUAGUGUGGGGGAUGAUGCCAUUGCAAUAAAAAGCGGUUGGGAUCAGUACGGUACUGCUUAUGGUCGACCUUCGAAAAACAUUCUUAUCCGAAAUCUUAUGGUUCGUUCGAUGGUGAGUGCUGGAAUAUCAAUCGGCAGUGAAAUGUCAGGCGGGGUAUCGAACGUGACGGUGGAAAACGUUCUAGUAUGGAAUUCAAGACGUGCUGUCAGAAUCAAGACAGCUGCAGGUAGAGGGGCCUACAUUCGCGACAUUAAAUAUAGAAACCUUACAUUUGAAAAUGUGAGGGUCGGAAUAAUCAUCAAAACCGAUUACAACGAGCACCCUGAUACUGGUUUUGACCCGAAAGCAUUCCCAGUGAUUAGGGACAUAAGCUAUAUCAACAUUCACGGUGAAGGUGUGCGUGUGCCGGUUAGAAUACACGGGAGUGCGGAUAUUCCUGUGAGGAAUGUGACGUUUAGAGACAUGUCGGUUGGGAUCACGUACAAGAAAAAACAUAUAUUCCAAUGUGCAUACGUUUCAGGAAGGGUGAUAGGGAGCAUAUUCCCGAAACCGUGUGAGAAUCUUGAUCUUUAUGAUGAACAAGGAACACUUGUGAAAAAAUCUGUUUCUGAAAAUGCUUCGGAUAUAGAUUAUGAUAUCUGAUGACGGGUCCGUUCGUGUUUUUUUUAUAUCUUCGGUUUCACGAGUGCCUCUUGGAGGUGUCGUAUGAUGUCCGGGGCCUUUCUGUUAUAAUUUUUUUACUGUAGGGAUGUUGUUGAUAUAGAGGGUUUGGUGAUUUAAUGUUGUUAUUGCCUCUGGUUAUAUUUGUAAUACAUGUUUAUAUAAUCGAAUGUAAUUCGAGAAAACCAAA